CGUCCAACUCUCUCUUUCUCUUUCUCUCUCUCUCUCUUUCUCCAUCUCACUCAUUAAUCAGAGAAAACUCGAACUCAGAUUUAGUAAUCUCGGGAAUUAUCGUCGAUAUCGAAAUUUUAAAGCCAAGAUGAAGUUUGGAGAGACUUUUACAGAGUACCUCCACGGAGAGCAGGAGAGGUUUCUGAACAAAUGCUCGCACGUCGAGUACAAGAGGCUUAAAAAGGUCUUGAAGAGCUGCCGGGUUUGCCGUGCCUUAGAAAACCAAAGCAGCAGCGAGCAUGCGGAGGGCGAAGAGAGCAAUGAGUUAUCCGAGUUCUGUCGAUGCAAUUCUUGUCCAUUGUGUGAUCAGAUGUUCUUUGCCGAGCUCACGAGAGAGGCCACAGAGAUAGCUGGCUGUUUUAGCUCGAGAGUAAGGCGCCUCCUCCACCUUCAUGUUUCUUCCGGCGUUCAACGAUGCAUGUGGCGUUUACGCCAUUGUUUCGCAGAUGAUCAGCAAGUCAUGAUCCAGGAAGGACGGAUGCUGCUCGAUUAUGUGACGAUGAAUGCAAUAGCGAUCAGUAAAAUUCUUAAGAAGUAUGACAAGAUACAUGGCUCGGUCAGUGGGAGAGAUUUCAAAACAAAAUUGCGGGCUAAACGUAUUGAACUCCUGCAGUCGCCUUGGCUGAUAGAAUUAGGUGCAUUUUACUUGAAUUUCAGUGAUUCAGAUUCAGGAGAACCUGCUGAAUUCUUCCGGAAGUUCUCUUGUGAUCUUAAUGAUACCCAGCCUGCAAUGACUAUGUCUAUUUCCGACUCUGUGAAGUACGAAUACAGCUUGACUUGUGCUAUCUGCUUGGAUACCGUGUUUAAUCCGUAUGCAUUAAGUUGCGGUCAUCUCUUCUGUAAAGGCUGCGCCUGCUCUGCAUCUUCCGUGUUACUCUUCCAAGGCCUCAAAGCUGCGCCUCGCAGCGCCAAGUGUCCUGUUUGUAGAGCGGUUGGUGUUUACAAUGAUGCAGUGCAAAUGACAGAACUGGAUCUACUACUAAGAAAUAGAUGCAAUGAUUACUGGAAAGAGAGAUUGCGAGCCGAGCGAGCCGAGAUGGUGAAGCAAUCCAAAGAGUACUGGGAAUCUCAGGCUAUUUUGACAAUGGGGCUCUGAAUCGAAAGAAAUGGAAUCGAUUUGUUCGAGUUAUUACUAACAUCUGCUGAUCAGCCAAGCUUUUCUAGCAAGCAAGUGAACAAUUCUCUUUUUUGUUCUUCUCUCUCAGCGCGGAGAAAAGUCGCGAACUAAUUAGAACCAUGACCAUAUUUCUGUUAACUCGUCGCGUGUGUCCGUUGCUUGAUGCGAUCUCUUGUUAUGAUCUCUUUUUCUUUUUUUGAAUUCGAUUUGUUUGACUUUUGAAUUGAUGUUUCUGUGGAAGAACAUUGUGAUAAUGUUUCUGUAGCUUUGCUGGUUCUGUGA